CAAAGUCCCGACAGCACAAGCUGCCUCGCUCAGCCUGGUAUUCCUGCACACUGACAUGGAGAUAGCACUCUAGCGAAAAUUUCAAGGAAUGGACAUACGUGGGCACUUCUGUAUGUGAAGCUCUACGCUAUCCCCUUCUCAUUAUUUUUUCUUUUUCUUAAUUUUGAACCAAAUACUUAUUAUGGCUUGGCCGUGCAUUAGCAGAGUGUGCUGUUUGGCUCGGUUCUGGAACCAGUUUGACAAAUCCGAUCUCUCGGUUCCGUUGACGAUUCAGAACUACUCCGAAAUCACAGACCAAGAGGUGCGAUCCGUCACCAAACAUGUCCCAGCGGACAGGGUUCUGAGGAACGACUACACCACACCAGAUCACAGAGGAUCACCGGCGGACCCAGAGCCUGGGAACAGGAGAUCGUGGCGAGCGCGGAGAGAUUCGAGCUCAAAGCCCCGUGAGGAUUAUCAUCCCUCCGGCGUGCCUUUUCCAAGUGUUACCCAAUACAAGCAGGAUUUCAAACCUUGGCCAAUUCCUAAAAAAGACAAUUUCCCGUGGAUUAGCAAUGGCGACAAGGGGGAUUCUCUCACGGAUAGUCCCAACCAUAAUUAUCACAUUACGAACCAGCAAAGGGAUGUGAAAAAUGAACAAAACAGACAGAAGUGGGGGAAACCGCCGAUAGGAACAGCCAAAAUAAGCUCGUACAGGCAGGAAUAUCGGCCUUGGGCAGGAGCGAGACCAGCCAAGGCAACUCGAAAGAGACCAACCUACACAAGCUCUGGCAGUGUUGAACUCCCCCCUGAAACCAGCUACCAGGCAGCUUUCAGCAGCGACUCCUUCAAACAGAUGGAGGUCUUACAGGUGGAAGCACCCAGCAUCCAGCAAAGCAGCCCACCUGAGAGACCAGAGCUCAGCAUCGGGAUGAAGGGACAGGAACAGCUGGUGAAAACCAAGCUCUCUCCCAACCCCUCUGCUGUUUUCCAAAGUGGAUCCAGGAUAUUCAACAUAUGAAGAGCUCCUAAAACUCUUCGGUAGACUGUACAAUGACAAGGAAAAGAAAGAGGCCCUAUUUUUAUUCCAUCCAUAAAACAUGAAAUCUAUGCAAGAGAAGUUAUUCUUUGGAAGGAUUCUAUCAAUGUGAAAGGCAAUGGAUACUGAAUGAGAGCCUGUGCAUAUAGAGUAUUUGUGAUUUUAAAAAAUCAUUUUCAUUGUGGAAUUCCAAGAGGAUCAAGUGUGCAUGUAAAGAAAUAGUUUAGAUGAGCUUUUUGCAGUGUUAGAAACUAACACAUUGGCUACCCAGUGAAUUUUGUGUGUGUACAUGUGUGCGCUUUUUGAAUGUUGAACUGGAAUGAUUAUUUAUUUUUUGAAGUUUUAAUGAAAAACAGUUUAAAGGUACGCCAUAACUAGUCUGUACAGAACGGUGUUCCUUUUAGGUCUGCUAGAUUUUUAAUGGCACCACAAAAAUAUAUAUUGUAUUAUUUAUUUAAUUUUUAAUGAAUUCAGACAUUUUGAGAAACUACCUGUUCAGUGUUUGUCUAAUUUCUUUUUUUUAAAGAUCUUAAGUAAAUCUAAGAAAUAAUUUACGUGAAUAAAUUGUAAGUUAGAAUAAAUAUUAUGUUCUUAA